GCGCUGUGAGGGGGGGUUGGCUGGUUCUGCGUCAGAGGACGGACCUCUUUCACUUAGAGUUCGCUGCGAUGGCGAACUGCAUGAACAGGAGUUUCGCUGUUCUGAACAGACAUCCCAGUUUCAGGCGGUUCCGGAGGGUCUUCGCUCAGAGCGGCGGCAUUGGCAGCGGCGGCGGCGGGUUCCGGACGUAUUCCAGCGCGAACCACAGCAAGAAUGAGGCGCAGGAGUCAACUUUAACCUCUCCGAACUUUUCUGCUCAACUUUCCUCCCCGAGGAAGGCGACCAGAACCACAGCCCAUGGAGCGCAGCCUGGACCGGAGGACAGGCUGACAGGUGACCACGUUCUGCCCUUUUCCGCCUUUCUGACGGACAGCUUUGGCCGCAGACACAACUACCUCCGCAUUUCCCUCACGGAGAAAUGCAACCUUCGUUGUCAGUACUGCAUGCCAGAAAAUGGGGUCAAGCUCACACCACGGAGCCAGUUGCUGUCCACGUCUGAGGUGGUCACUAUAGCUCGCCUCUUUGUUCAAGAGGGGGUGGACAAAAUUCGCCUUACUGGAGGGGAGCCUCUGAUCAGACCUGAUCUUCUGGAUAUUAUCAUUGAACUAAGGAAGCUGGAUGGCCUAAAAACCAUCGCUGUAACAACGAAUGGAAUUAAUUUGGCUAAACUUUUGCCGAGACUGAAAGAAGCUGGUCUGGACCUUAUUAACAUCAGCCUGGACACCCUGGCCCCAGCAAAGUUUGAGUUUAUCACCAGACGCAAAGGUUUCCACAGAGUGAUGGAGGGCAUUGACAGAGCCGUUGAACUGGGCUACUCUCCUGUCAAGGUCAACUGUGUUGUCAUGCGAGGUUUCAACGAAGACGAGCUGCUAGAUUUUGUCCGGCUAACAGAGAAAAAGCCACUGGAAGUGCGAUUUAUUGAGUACAUGCCGUUUGACGGGAACAAGUGGAACUUUAAGAAGAUGGUAAGUUACCAGGAGAUGCUGGAUCGCAUAAAGCAGCAGUGGCCCAACCUGGAAAGGCUUCAAACUGGACAUGCAAAUACUGCCAAGAUGUUUAAAGUACCAGGCUUUGAAGGUCAUUUGGGCUUCAUAUCCUCCAUGUCUGACCAUUUCUGUGGCUCCUGCAACCGUUUGCGAAUCACUGCUGAUGGAAACCUGAAGGUGUGUUUGUUCGGAAACUCUGAAUUCUCUCUUCGAGACAUUCUGCGUUGUGGAGCAUCUGACGAAGAGUUGCUGCAGGUGAUUGGUGCUGCUGUGGGCCGGAAGAAGAAAGAGCAUGCAGGCAUGUUCAGUAUUUCCCAGAUGAAGAACCGACCAAUGAUCCUUAUUGCAACAGCCAAAGGUUUGCUGCCACCGGCACAGUGGAUCGAGAAAACUUCCCUCACUCUUUUCCAUUUUAAAAAUGACAAAUUUCUGUUGAUGUCCGCUUCCCCGUCUCAUGUAUGCCACUCACUCAGGAGACAGAACCUCCGUAAAGAGGCUUUUUUGUCCCUUCCAGGCUGCACUACUUUAACUCAUGCAGCCCUUCAGAUCUGCUCUAUAACCUCUGGGAGUGGAAGAUCUGAGACGUUUCUCAGGAAAGAGAAACCCACUGUGACUAACAGUCUCUGCAGUGAAUUCUCAAACUCUGUAGAGCUUGGGACUGGUGUCAUUUUCAGCACCUAUCACUCGAAGACUGAAAAGGUAGAGACGCAUACAAAUAAUUUGAAGCGCUGUUUUCUCAGGAAGCCAGGACUCCCUGUGUUUUGCACAAUACUAAUGGCUGCCAACUUCAGCUCUACACACUACAGGGUUAGACUGCUGCACAACCAAAGCUCCAAGAGUGGCACCACUGUGCCUUUUAGAAACGACCGGCAGAACACUCACCAUGAGGCUGAAACCCACUUGACUCACACAGAUGCUCAGGGCCGAGCUUGCAUGGUGGACGUCGGGGGAAAAACACCAACACGUCGAACAGCUACAGCCUGUGCCACAGUGCUGUUGGGCCCGACGGCCUUCCGCUUACUUCAAGACAACCGGCUGGUUAAAGGAGAUGCUCUGACUGUGGCACAGCUGGCAGGCAUCAUGGCUUCAAAGCAGACAUCAGCACUUAUUCCACUGUGUCACCCCCUACCUUUGGAGCAUGUUUCUGUCGCUUUUGAACUCGAUGAGCUUCACAAUGCUGUCAUCGUCACGACAACAUGUCAGACAACAAGUAAGACGGGGGUGGAGAUGGAGGCACUGACCUCAGUCUCUGUGGCCGCGCUGACGGUCUAUGACAUGUGCAAGGCCGUAACGCCUGAUAUCGUCAUCACAGAUAUAAAGCUAGUCCAUAAAACAGGGGGGAAGACAGAUUUUCAUCACAAAGAAUUCAAGAAACCAUAAACUAAUCCAUGUUUUAUGUAACCAAAUCUGUAUUUUUCUACAAACACAAAGAUUAAGUAGAAAAUGUCAAAUAAUAGAAAUACAGUUUUGGCUGUAACUACUGGUAAUCUUCUGCCAGCACAUUACAAAGUUUGCUUUUGUUUUAUAAAAUUAGAAGUUUUUGUCUUCUAAUAAGCAUUUCCGUAUCAAACAUAUUGUGUUUUGCUGGCAGCUGCUGUUAUUAAGACAAGUACAACAUGUGUUAAAGAUUUCAUUUGCCUUCAAUAAACACAACUCUUCAGAGGUGUCUUCUUGUA